AUGACUUUCGAUGGGCUGGCUAUCUAUCUCCACCAAACUUUCAAAUCUAAAUACCCGCCAACCACCGAGGAGCAUUUGGAAUUUCUUAAAAAAGAGGAAGAGGCUGAACAUGAUAAGCAAAUGAUGGAUGCUGCGGAGCCAUUACUUCAGAUGUUCCCCCAGUUUCUGGCACUGGAAGGAGAUGGUGAUCGGAUAGUCGAUCCAAUGGGUGGUGAGCUACCAUUGCGCCCGGUGGUAGGCGUGUACCCGGCAACAUACAUCGAAGCGGCGUGCACUAAAUCAGAAGAAGCAACUCUCACAUACGCUUGGGAGGAUGCAAAAGGUCAUAAGAUACCGGGCUUCGAUUGCGAUAAUGAUGCUAAAGCCGGUAGCUAUUCCCGUCGGGUCAGCACAGGAAUUACUAUACAGCAAACUGCAUUCUGUCUCGGCUUCUUCUUAGAAGAGAGGAUAGGUCAAAAGUUUGCUUUCUUAAGGGAUUCAGAGGGUCGAUUAAAUAUGGACAACUACCAAGAUAAUACGGCAAGAACUAUAAUACACGAGGCUUACAAAUACGACUUUAUAGGCUUACCACAGGCAAUAGACGGUGCAUACGGCGCUGAGGAUGUUUACAAAUUGGCUAGAGUUGCCGGAACCGAGCUAGAAUUCGUCAACUCAGAUUCGUAUACUAUCGACGCGUUAUCUAUCUAUCUUCACCAGAUUCUUCAAUCAGAUCGUCCGCCUUACCGGCUUACUUAA